UCGGUCGACGCGCGUGUUGUUAUUUACUCGGUUUAUUAUUGUAAAGUUUUGCUGACUCAACUCAAAAUUUCGCUCACGCGAACCAAGCUUUAAAAAUUCAUUCGUAAAACGCAGUAUUAAGGUGCUAGUUCUUAUCACCCACAACCACUCUUUUCAUUCCGGACGACGAUCCCCCCCCACCUGAAACGUGUUCCAAUCGUGCCUUUAUUCGCGGCGAAACUCCCACCAAGCUGACUAUUGCAAAAUGCAGACGGACGAGAUGCUGGCCCAGCUAACGGAGAUGUUUGGCGAUUACAUGGACCAAACGCGCAUUGCGACGGCCGUCCUCUGCAACAAGGAUUUGGAAUCCUGUAUAGAGUUUCUGCUGAAGGACGAUGCCAAAGAAGUGGCGCAACCACAGUCUACCUCAACGGGUGCCAUCAAGAAGACGGUUCCGCCGAAAUCGAACGAUUUUGCCUCAUUCCUCAAGGGUGGCAACCAGCAAUUUGGAGUUUUGCCCCAGCGACCGAACUGCAGAGGUGGUCGCGUGGAUGAUUACCCGCCGAACUUUGCCGAGAUCGUCGAGAUGAUCUCCAAGGGGUUGCGGGUUAUGGUGCUGAUGCGUGGGCCGCCCGGAUCUGGUAAGUCACACCUGGCCCGGGCGCUUAUUGAUAAAACGCUGGGCAAUUCGGACUACCGGAACCAUGUGUUUGGGGCGGACGAUUACUUUCUUGUUAAUGGGGUGUACAGGUGGCAACCGGACCGGCUGGACGACGCCCACCGCUUCAACCAGAGUAAUGUCCGCAAUAAGGCCAUCGCCGGGUGGAGUCCGAUUGUGGUGGACAAUACGCAUAUGAAGCAUUGGGAGAUGCACGCGUAUGUCGAGAUCGCCGCGGAGAACGGGUAUGUCGUGCGGGUUCUGGAACCGGUGACUCACUGGAGGAAGAGCGCGCGAGCUUUGGCGGGGAGGAAUGUGCACGGUGUGCCGGAAGCGAAAAUCAAAACCAUGCUGUUGAACUACGAACGACUGUCGGACGUUUCGGAGCUGUUUCGGCAGUGCAAGCUGGAACGCGCACUCGAUUCGCCACCCAAGAUGCGACACUACCCGAUUGUGCGGGAAGACUUGCUGGACGACGGGAAAACAAGCGGUGACGAAGCGCCAGUGUGGAGUACGACCUCCGACUGGGAGGCUUCCAACGAUGUUCCGUCCAAUUCGCCGGAGGCGAGCGAGCGUGAGUGCGUUGAUUUGGCCAGCAUUCCAAUGCCGAAACCGCCCAGGCAAACGCCAGUUCAUCAGCAGUCAGCAAACAAGCCGCCUCAAGUUGAGGAAGAAAUUCUCGCGGUCAACGAUGGGGACGAAUGGAGCUGGCCGCUGGCCAGUAACGAUGGCGUGGUCAGCUGGAAACCGUACGACGAGGAAAGUGCCAACUUUUGGACGGGAACCGACCACGAAGGUCAGAUGGCCAGCGCCGCGCGCAUCGAGCCGCAGACACCGUUCAGUUUACUGUCGAAAGUGGCCAUUCCUGCCGAGUGGAAGACUCCGGACAGCUCGAGCGGAGUGACGCCGACGAAGGCCAAAGAGAAACGAAGCGAGCGGAAGAAAUCGGACAAAAAGCGGAUCGCGUUGGUGAGGCAUCGCCGGGGUUGUGAGAAUGAGAACUCUAGCUUUUCGGAGAUUUGCAACCUUUAUCCGCUCGUGCCGGCAUCGUACCUGUGGGAUCUGUUUGAAAAGUGCAACGGGGAUGGAGACUGGACGGCCAAUUUGCUACUGGAGGAUCAGACCGUGCACGAGUACAGCGAGGGGGAGAAUGGGACGGUCGUCGAGCAGGAGGUUGGGGGAAACGUGCUCGAGUGUAGCUGUAACGAACCGGUGGCAGUGCAAGUUACUUCGACGGGAGAAGAAACGGAUCGGUCGGCGGUUAACUCACCCCGAAGUACAAUGAGAAAAAAAGAUAAGACUAUUUCGGGGGAUGUCCAACUUGCCAAGAAACAGCUAGAAUCGUUGGUGGUGCUGGAGAGACAGAAUUACUCGAAGCACAUUCAGCAAAUUCGAGUGGCGAAAGGAAUAAUAACUAAGGAGGAGCUUGAGCAGGACGCGGAUAUGGAGCCGUCAUGUUCCUACGAGACAAUCGACCCGGUUCCGGAAGUGCUUGAGGUCACUUUAGGGGUUGAGCUGAUAAAGCAGUUGCAUGAAAUUUUCAAAAAGAAACACUCGACGAAAUCAUUUUCAAUUGACGACUUGACGCCGGAAAGGACCAAAGUUUUUAUGGCCAGUGAAAUGGCGGAGCAGAUUUACCUCUCGUUUAUGGACUCGGUUUAUAGCCGUCGCGAGGAGGAGAGACUAGUCACAAUGAAAAGGGACGCUCAGAUGGCGAAGCAGAUGGACGUGAAGGAGCGAUAUCCGACGUUGUUCAACGAAAAGCUCAAUAGCUCGGACACGCCAAACCUGGCGGACAUCAUCGAUAUGGAGCAGGCCAUGACGGCGUACCGGAACGAAAUGAACGGAUGGACCAAGGAAGCGCCCCGUGACCUGGCAGCCCAGAUGACGCGCCAAAAACUUGCAGAAAUGUACCCCAGCGUCGAGCAGAACGUCCUGGCGGAGAUCCUCCACGCCCACGACAACAAAUUCAACGACACGGUCGACGUGCUCAACAACUCGAUCCCCGCCACACUCCGCAAUCAGAUUGCACGUGAGCGUGAAGCACUGCUCAAACGAACCGAACCCGUCCCCGUUGUACCGCCUCCCCCGCCCGGACUCGAGCAAAGCAUUUCCGGCGAGGAAGCCAUCAACCUGCACCUGAAAACGGCCGAAGAAUGCCGCAACCUGGCCCAGCACCACCAAGAUCUCAAGAACGAAUGCCACGAAAAGGCACGGAACGCCAUCCAGCGGGGCAUCGCCGGCGUUGCCGAGUAUUACGCCCAAAUCGCGCGACUUCACCGCACCAAGAUCGACCUGUACAACAGCAAGGCUUCAAAUUCCAUCAUGGAAGUGCACAAGCUUACGCUGAACAACGCCGACGUCCUCGAUCUGCACUACCUGCACUCGGAAGAGGCGCUGCGCUGUUUGGAGAUGUUCCUGGCCGAGCACGCCCGCAAGCUGCGAACCAGGCAGCAACAGUUCAAGGAACUGUUCAUCAUCACGGGACGCGGCCUGCACUCGGCCGACGGAAUUCCCAUCAUCAAGCACCGCGUCAAGGCCAUGCUGCGAGACUUGGGGUUGAGAGCGGUGGAACUGAACCCAGGUUUCCUCAAGAUCAAGGUGUACAACAAUGCGGACGUGUUGGAGCGGUUAUUGGUGCCUCAGGGCUAGCGUAAGUAAGACAACAGCAAUAAAUGCAGUCCAUUAAGUUUUUUUUAGUUUUUUAUCUGUUCAUA